AUGUGCCGGAUCAUCGCGCAGCUGCUUGUCCUCUUGACAUUCGGCCGUCUGUCUUGUACUGAAGAUAAAAUGCUUAUCAACGCCUGUCUGGAUCACCAGGAGGCCUUUGGAGGCUCCUGCUUUGAGUUUGUGGAUCUCCAGCAUACUUUUUAUCACGCUCAGGCUUGGUGUGAGGAGCAAGGUGGACACCUUGCUUUCAUCCCAGAUGAAGAGUCGCAGCAUUUCUUCCAAAGGUACUUGGACCCAACAAAGGAUGUGUGGAUUGGAUUGGCUCCUUCUGCCUCUCCUAACCUGCAAUAUCUUCCCGGUAAGAUGCCAAAAUACAAUACAGAGACAGGGGUGAGAGUUUACAUGUUAGAAAAUGGAUCUCAUAUAACCUGAUAUUACUUUCUCAGCAAUGUAUGCACAGUAUGAUUCGUUUUAAUGACAAUUUUCCUAGGAAGUACUUUGCAGCACAAUAAUGCUGCUCUUACCUUAUCAGUUUUUUAAAUUUAUGUAAUAAGAUGACUAUUUCUCUGAAAUGAUCCUGAUAUUAUUACCAGCAGUUUAUGAGUAAGGGGGGUGUUGUGUGUGCUUGUUUAUUUCAAUCACAUCAGAUUUGUUUCAGUUCAUUAAAUACAGCAAUUUACCUCAAAAUGUAGAAAAAGAGCCCGGCACUUGUGAUUAAAUUAAAUAGCUUAGUGUACAAAGAGUCCAUUUUUUCCAUGUUGGUCUUCUUUUUUCAGUAAUUAUUGCCUCCCAGCUUGUUUAAAGCUGUCAUUUUACAACAGUGUGAGACAAAAUCACUUCAUACCCCGCCAACAAGUCAUAAAAAAGGAGAGAAUUUUUACUAUGUAAUGAAAAUACAUAUUUGGAUGUACCAGAAUUAGCUUUUUAUGCAAAGAUCUUCGUUUGUUGCAUAUUGUUAUCCAUGUCCUGUCCAUCGAUCAAAUGUAUGGAUUAUUAUUGUGAUCUCGCGAGGUUUACGCGAAUCUCGCGGGACCGGACAGGAAAAUAUUCCCGCGGUGGGACGCCGGUGUUGUGCCGUAGAAUGCACCCCUGACGGAAACGCGGUUGAAAGUACAUAAAAAGGCGAAAUAAUCCAAAUUUCCUUACCGUUGGAUGGAUUUGAAAGUGCGUGCCUAUAAUGGUUUCAUUCAGGCUAUUCAGAUAAGCCGAAAACAAUGGCCCUCUGAUUCGGAAUAUUUGAUGUCCCGAAAAUAUAAUGUUCUCUACCUUGACAGCUUACUGUACAGUUCAUAUACCCAAGUAAACCUCUAUAUGUGCAUUUUUGAGACACAUUAAAACAAAACGAAAGUUUGCUGCUCCAUUUGACAUGUUGUCAUGAUUCAAUACUCGUGUUUUUUUUAUAUGAGAUAAUUUUCUUCCACUUUAAGAAGCUAAUUAGUGGAGGGAAUGCAUUCUACUGCAGGGGUGCAUUCUACGGCACAACACCGGGCCUUGCUCAGUAUAAACAGUGGAGGAAGCAACUGUGGACGUUGAAACGAAGAUUAAAGCUGUUUUCUACAAAACAAAGACAAACAAAGGCAAGUCUGAGAUGUGGACGAAUCUGUUAAAGUUAAAAUCGAAACGAUGUCUAAGAGUUGGACUUCCGUUAUAAGCAAGAAAUUAGUUAGAAAGCCUUGUGUCGUGUGGGCACACCUCAAUUUUCCCAGUAAACCGUUGUUCAAAAAUAAAGCAAAAUACUACACAGAAAUGUUAAAACACAUACGUUAUUUGUCAUUUACGGCGAUAUAGAGUUUUUUGUGCCCAACCCGGUAGUUUCUGAUGCAGGUGUAUGUAGUUAGAAGACCUCAAUGUAGUCUGUAGCUGCUAUUUGACCGUUACUGUAAGGUGGGACGUUUCCUUGUUGCCUGCCUGGUAACUCGGACAACUUAGUGAAUCAGUCAAAUCGAUAACUCCCGAUUUUGGCUGUUUUUGAUCUCUUAUAUGUUACACCAGUUUAGGUAAUACUUGUAACGCUUAAAACCUGGGUUUCAACCACAUCAUGCAAACUUAAAAUGCCGUUAUUCUUCUUCUUCAGAGAGAAAAAUGUCUUGCAGCGUCAAACAAAAUGGCGCAUAUAGGAUGCCUUACAUCAGAGAUGGGCUGGAGUGAAUCAGACUCACCGAAGAGGGUAUAGAAAAUGGUUCUACUGGAAUUUACUUUAAACUUACUUUACUUACAAUUUAAGUCUCUGCACAUUUACCAAUGAAAUAAUCAGUCUGAUAAUACAGCCCAAACCCUCCCAUCAAUGUAUUGUAACUGUGCUGUCAUUUCUGGCCAACUAAGAAAAGGGAAGUGGAUUAAAUACAGAUUAAAAUAGUAACAUAGAUUAGGUUCCUUACUCCAAUUUAAGAUGGGUGUAUUUGUUUUAAUGGUCCUGUACCCCUUGAAAAAUGUAGUCAGAUCAUGCAUGCGACAUUCACUGCUCUGCUCUCAGCUGCACUGUCAUUUGUUAUGUUUAGAGCUGGUCUAAACUGAAUUAUCUCACUUAAUUUGCUCUGUAACACACAGCCAAAUUAGGAUAAAUGACGGUGUCAAUGCAAACCUAAUAGCUGUCAAAUAUCAAGUUGAUUUCUCCCCUGGUAGUUGAUUGAUUGAUGUGGCUCAUAUCUGUGGCAUGUCAUCACAAGUUCUUUCCUAUGAAAGGUGUGUGAUUUGAUAUCAUCCAUUUACGGCAAGUAUAAAUGAGGUUAAUUUCAGAGAUCUGUUUAAAACAGUGAUAAGUACAAUGAAUUCCAUUGAAAUGAACUUUCAAUAAACACAAGUGUCUCUAAUUUUACAGGCAAGGUCAUUGUACAAACUAGUGUUUCAGUUGGCACAUGUUCAGGUUUUCUCGUACCUCAGGUCUCCUCUCUUGGCUAGACAGUUCACCUAUCAUCUAUUCUAAGUGGGUCCACAGCCCGCCGUCUGGAGCGACCUGUGGACACAUACUGAGAGACUCUGGCUUUCGCUGGAAAGCUACAAAGGACUGCAACAAAAACCUGCCCUUCAUCUGCCAGUUUGGUAUGUAUUGACUGUUACCGUGACAGAAAAAUACAGUCAACGCAAUACCUUUGUGGUAAAUGACCACUUUUUGGUGCUUUUUUUGUGUUUUUCACAGAGUUUGGCAGAUCCAUUGUGUGUGCAGGUCGUCACACCACUCUGCAGUGCAGCUCUGGUCAAGUUUUAACACUAGACGGUGGCUAUGGACGAAAGAACAUGCAUUACUGUCAAUCCUCUCUCUUUACACAGAUGACACCAGCACAAUAUCAGUGUGGCUGGGUGGAUGUUCUAGAAACAUUAACAGGUAAGACAUUGUCUGUAAUGUUUUGUUUUGCUUUGUCUAUAUUUUUCACUUAAAUAUGGGAACAAUGACUGAUGUUUGAAAGCUUUAUUUCACAAAAGACCAUUUUACUGUCAUAAUUGUUUCUUUCAUGAUUAGCUGAAGUCAGUUGAAAUGACUCAGAAUAGAAAAACAAACACUUGUCUUUGCCAAAAAAGCUUUUGAACGGAUCAACACUGUCAUUAAAAUCCAAUACAAUCAUCAUUAAGUGCAAAAUGCUUUCCCACAGACCAUUACUGCAAUAAUAGAUUGCCCAUCUGGAUAGUAAUGGUAAGAAAAAGACAAUAAUAGCUCAAUAGCCUCAAGGAUACAUGAAUGCUCUUUGACAUUUCGAGUACAUAUUUACUUAUAUGUUUAAUGGUUGAAAAGAGUAUAGCAUCCAUCUGUUUCCAAACCUGUUCAUCCAGUUCAUGGAUAUAUGGGUAAUGCAGCCUUUCCCAGCACGCUUUAGGGGGGAGGGAUGGUACUUCCAGGAGAGGAAACGCAUAUUUCAAGAUUUAAAAAACGGGUGAUAUUGAAAAUUUAAUCUUUAUUAUGUACACAUAAACCCAUAAAAUGUACUCUGUAGAUUUAGUGAGAAAAUAGCUGUCUAAUAAAUAAGAUAACGCAUAGCAAGUGAGUUUUUCUAGUUGAGGGACCUCGUCAGACUGAGACAAGACCCUUGUGUCCAUGUGUGGAUUCUUAUCUAUUAGAACAGCCUGCUUCUAUUUUCCUUGCAUGAUAAAGGUCUCUGUGCCUGAGUAGGAGUCUGCGCAGGCCUUGGCGAGCAUUAACGAGGAUGAAAGUGAAGUGUUUCUUCAAUGAUCAUUUGGAGAGUUAAACAGCAGUGCAGUCAAUGAUGAUGACUUCAUGAGUUAUUGAUAGGAUUGUUUGCUGAGAUGUUGCUAGAGCACAACCCUUGUAAAUUUAACACUACAAUAUCCAUAUGAGACGUGAUUUGUUCAUCUCUCCAUGUCUUUCCCAGACCACUGCCAGGGCCGCCAAGUGUGCCACAUCUCUGAGGUUGUUGACUCCUUUGGCGAGCAAUGUCCGCAGUAUGGGAGUUACCUUUCUUUGGAAUACCACUGCAUAGAUGGUAAGUCAAUGUGAUAUAAACCAUGAUCAAAUAUUAUGAAUAAGGAUAGUUUUCUUUCUGCUGUACAGGUCAUGCAGAUGUAUGAGGUUCCCAUCUGUUCAGUGCAAAGUGAAAGAUGCAGUGAUGGUGUCUGAUGUCGCAGCUCGAGUCAUUCAACCAAGUUCAUGUGCUAGUUCACUGUUUCCAGAGUGAUAAUGAUGAUUACGACAUUAAUGUGUGCCUGUGAAUGUGCAGUUGACUCCAGUUCAAGUGCUUCAUGCUCUGUAAUUUUCUCUCCAUAGCUCUCAUACUGUCAGUGAGCUCUGUAGCUGCUGUUUAUGAAGCAGUCACCAUCAGAGUGAAACGGCUCAUGGAUUCGCCUCAAGGACACCUCGACUGCAAGCUGAGUACUGGCGAUGGGCAUGUUAUUGAUCUGCAUAUUAAAGAGGGGUGAGUAACUUUGACCUUCAAAUUGAAACGGCUAACAAAUACAAAAAAGGAACUCAAAUUUCCCUUGAGUCUCACAUGGAGGCAUUUCUUGAGUUGCACAGCAUGUGUGAAAACAGAAACAUAUCUCAUUAUUCACAUGUUUGGAGGGCACUCGAGUCUCAGUUGGAGACUUUGAGUUGGUUUGAAUGGACUGGGCUUAUUUAUAGGCAGCAGAUGUAGCUUUUAUUCUGCUAAUCAGGUCACACACUCUUGUUGUUACAUUAGUGUGAAUUUAUAUUCAUGCAUUCAAAACUCUGUCAUUCCAGCAGAUUUCUGGAAAUACAAAGCAAGAUUGCCUUUUAAUGAGAGAUGGGGGAACACUGAGCUGUCAGUUUAUGGUGCUGUUUUAUCAAUGAGGUAACUCAUAGUCAUACCCCGGGUUCAGAAGAAGUCUUUUCAUGGAUGGUGCCUCUUCUAAGCAUUUAUUGUUGUUUUAUAAACCAGUCCUUCUCUUGAAAGGAGAGAGAGAAGACACUUCUCUUCUAACCCAACCUCUUUGUGACAAUUCGAUUGUCCCCUGUCCAUCCAGUAAAAGGUACUGAGAUAUGCCCAAAUUGAUCUGGGUCUUGUUCUUAAGCUUGUUAAAGCGGGGUGUGGUGUCCAACUUGAAGAGAGCCACAUCCUUGAAAAGUUGUCUGACUUUAACCUGGAUGCAGUAUUAUACUUAACUUGUAGUCCCCUCUGACAUGCAUGCAUCCAUCUACUGCAAGGAAACUAAACUAUUAGCAACUGGUCAUCACAAAAUGGACCACUUGCAUUGGUCCAAACUUAACGCAUCAAGGCAGUAUAAUAAACUCUGAUUUGAAGUCUAUUUAGAAAGGAAACAGCUCUGGAUGUUAUUGAAAAUUUGAACAUUGCAAGUGAAAUUAAUCAUUUUAAUUAGGCCUGUUGCACAAAUGGUGUCGGCCCAGCCUAUUAGGCCUGUAUCCAGAGUUCUUGUGGUGGGCAAGAUCAAGAUCACAUGUUUGAGCAUGUGUCUCUGUGUGAUAUUCUCCCAGGAUCCAUAUGAACACUCUCUAUAUGUGCUUUUUUUCCAGGUUGGAGAGCAGCGUGACGUACGAAUAUUCACAUCCAAACACUUUUGAAGUGGCAGUUGAGUGCACCCACAGCAACAUACACGUUAUCGCACAGGAAAUGAUUAUCAUUCAAGAGGCUAUCACAGAGUUCAGUCCCAUCAGGUGCUAUAGUGGGAAAUUGUCUUCUCAUGUGCCCAACUGCAAAGCCCUUAAUGGAGAGCCACUUCAGAUUCAGAUGGAAGUAAAAGCAGGUAGUUGCCACUUUGAUCACAGUAUGUAUGUCUGUGAUAUGUUUUAAAGGGUUUUCGUGGGAGCGUGUCUUUGUCUCCUUUCCCCGAAUGUGUUGUUUGAAUACAGACUCUGUAAAAACUCUCUUUUGAUAUUGCUUUUUACAGGCACAAAUGUGACGUACAGAAUCCAGAAAGGUGAAUUGUUGUCUGUUUUGCCGGUGGUCAGAGGAAAUACCCCCCAUAUCGUCACAGUAGCUGCAGAAAUUGUAAAGCAGCUUGGGCCCGGCUGCCAUCAGCUGACUCUUCAUGCAUCUAAUAUGGUCACAGUUCCUGAAAAGUCUGCAAACCUACAGGUAACUCAGCAGACAUCAAGUUAGGCAUAAAAAAAAACACAUGUUUUAAAAAGUUGCACGUCGAUACGUCAUUUAAUUUUUAUUUUUUCUACAAAUGGGGGCGGUGGGAUAUGGAAAAGACAGUUUGAACUUUUAACAUUUUGAUCAUUUGGGGAAGCAGUUGAUUGAGGGGUAAAAGCCUCUCCUAAUCAGAAAUUAAAUUCAACCUUUAAUUAUAAACUCCCGCCACAUCAUUAGUUGCAUAUCUGUAAAUACCAGAGCACAGUGGUUCCAUCACUCCUCUUCAUUCUUAUUCAGACCAAAUCAACAUCCUGUGACAUCGAGUCUGAGUGAAAAAGUUGGUCUUAUUAUAUUGAUUAAUGUUUUCCUUUUAAUGCUUGAAAAAGUUGAGACAAUGUAUGAUUAUUAAAGUUAGGAAAUCAGGCAUAUUUAAAGCUGUCUGAGUUCAAGGCUUUGUGAGUUAAAUGAACAGCCACAAACAUUUAAAAGUUAUACAGAACUGUAAAGUGUAUAAAAACAAAUCAAAGCAAAUCAGCUGCUUUUGUCUUUAAAGUGCAAUUAUCACUGUGACUCUGCCAUGAUAAGAAGUUUAGAAAUUUUAACAACAAAGCAACCAAGUUCUUACACACCUUCUUGAAAAAUACACAACUGUCUACCCAACCACUUUCACUUCAAAAGUCUUCAAAUCUUCAAAAAUCAUUCCUACCCUCGUUUGAAUUUUCUUUUAUGAUGUGUUUAUUAUAAACCCGUCGAGUACCACACCAAAUCGUAACUUUAAAAACGAACAAGAUGACAAAAACAAAAUGUCAAAAACAUUUUCUUGAAAUGAAAUAAAUUGAGGGUGAACAAGAAAACAUAAGACAGCUGAAGAAAGACAGGAAAUAGGGGGAGUAGAGAGUCGGUUAAUCAAAGUUUGAAAAUAUCCUCGCACCACAUAUUUGUUUGAUGGCAAAGUUGUGUGCUGCUUAUGAACUUUUUGAAAGUUUUCACCUCCUGUAAGUAAAACCCUAAAGCCUGAUUUUUUAAAAACUUUUUAUCUGCUUUUGUUGCUGCAAUUCUCAAAAUCAAUGGAGUGACUACUUCAAGAGUGUCUGGGAACAUGUCGAGUGCACAAAAUUGCUGGAAACCAAAUUUCUGUGAACAUAGUCCUUCAGCUUUUACGAGAAUUGAAAAUCUGUACAGGGUCGAUAAACUGCUGAUUAUUGAGAAUUACUGAGUGAAUAAAAUCAAAGAGAAAAAAUAAAUAAAAAUCUGCUUUUGAAAAAGUUUGGUAAAUCUAAUUAAAUUUUAUCGAUUAAGCAUUCUUAAAAGAUCCUGUUUUUAUUUUAUAAUCAUAUUUUUAAUCUUGGUAUUUUUCCUUCUAUUGGCAUGUAAUUUGUUGCUCUUUUGGAAAUGCCGAGGUACGAGCCGUUCUUCUGUCCCACUCAGCAAGUAUGGAACAAAAGCUGAACCAAGAAAAUGUCAGUAACAAGAUGUUUUUGAAGGACUAAUACAGUUUUUGAAUCAAAGGUUAAUCCAAACUGGAAGGCAACUAACAACACAACAAGCCUGAGUGCAAGCCUGAAAAAUGAACAUUUAUCUGCACAGGAGACUCAGCCACAGUGCUCUCUCUAUGUGACAAGUCUUAGCACUGAAUUAUGACCAACAUGUUUGCUGUACUCGAUAUAAAGUUUCUGUAUAAAACAGAAGAUAAUGAACUCCAAUAUAGAUUUAAAAUACACAUUAAAGAUUUCUUAAUUUCAAUCAGUGUGCUCCUUUUCUUUUGAUUAAGAGUAGGGGAAUUAAGAGCAAAGUGUUUCUGAUUUAAAAUGCUACAGGUGUGUGUGUUGGAGGUGGUAUCUGGGCUUCAGGCCACGGUGUUGACCGACCAACCCAACUGCCAAGACUCUUCCCGAAUUCCCAUUGGUGUGUCGCUUCAAAGUGGGGCACCUGUUCUGCUCCUCUUCCUCCUGACUGGAGACAACAGCUCGUUCUCUGAAACAAGGGAAAUGAAAACGAGGGAGGAAGUAUUUCAUAUUGGAAAUGAAAUGAAAGGUACGUAAACACAUAGAAACAGAGGAAAACCAGGUGUGAGGCAAAAUACAACAGUAAGUAACAGUAACACUAUGGCUGUUUUAUGUACAUUUGUUAACUUUGUUCGCUCAUUUGAUAGCUGUGCAGAUUUUAUUGGUAUCCAUCAAACAAAUAUCUAAUAACUGUUUUUGAGUUACAGGCUCCAUUCAGGUCAAACUCAGAGCCUGGAAUGUCUUCUCCUCUUCUGAAGUGGACAUGGAUAUAUUUCCAUCCUGUGGCAAGAACUCACUUGUUGAACAGUAUAGAUAUAAUAAUCAUUUGUUAAGGCUUGAAAACCAGCAGGUAAGUUAUUAUAACAAUAAAACAAGAUAAUAUUUCACAUGUUGGAGUUCGCAUAUUUACACUCUCUCUUGUGAUUUUUUUCUUCAAAGUUCUUCAAAGUCAAAAGCUUGGCUAAUUCCUCUGUUCUGAACAUCUUUUCUAUUUUGCGUCGUUAAUAAAUCCUGCUUUUCAUUUGUUUUUCUUCAGAGAAGAGGACACGCCCGAGUCAUCAGAUCCCCUGGAUUAAAACUUUUUGCAGAAACAGUGGGAGAAAUACCCAACGAAGACAUGGUGAUUACGCUCUCAGUGGAUCCUAAGUUUGACAUAGACCCAAAAAGGCGCUACGAGUGGUCAUGCAGUAAGUCUUUGGCUUUUUUUCUGCUCUUUUUUUCAACACAUUUGGGUCAAUAGACUAUGUUUAUAUAGCUCUGUCUCUAGUCUUCAGACCAUUCAAGGUGCUUUUACAUUACACCUUACAUUCACAUGGAAGAGGCUGCUAUAUGUAGAGCUCAUCAAUAUUGCAUUAUCCUGUUCACACACAAGGAAGAUGACCAAUUCUACCACUGAGUCCUGGCACUAGGUCAGGCAUGUCCAAACUAUUCCACAAAGGGCUGGUGUGGCAGAAGGGUCUUUUUACGAUAGUCACCGCACAAGAGAAUUCAAACAAAGAUCCAUUAUGACUCUGAAACUGUCAUAUGUUAAUUCAGUAUGAUACAAGAAGGAAGUCGGUGAUAAAAUUGUCUCCCUGGCCAGGAGGAAAGCAAGCCAAAGUUCAAUCAGGACUUGAGGGAGUAGAAUUGAUGCGAACACCUGGCGGGGUCCAAUUUUAUCUGCUGUUAACACUGUUGCAGGCUGAAAACCAGAAAAGACAGGGAGCAGAGAAUCUUUAUGCAGGCUGGCCCCUCCAGAGAGAGUAUAUCUGAGUCAUUUUUUAACCUGGUUCAAUCUGCAACACUUAGAUUAAGCCUUAUAUAUUCAGUAUAUAUAUCUAUAUGAUUUAAAGUAAGCCUGUCUUGAAGGCUGUUGUGUCACUGCAUCUGACUGUAACAUAUGCAUGUUUGUAUUCAGGAGGUUGCUUAGCUGGGAGACAAGGAAGAAGAAAAGGCAAUAAGUGGUUGUGCGGAAAACUGUUUAUAUUGCUAGAAGUUUAUGACAGUAAAAACUUGACAAAUGGAGGAUCAUAUUUUUCAUGCAAGCAGCUCUUGUCUUAAAGGCCAGAGAGGGGUGAGCGAGGGGGCAUUUGAAUCUAGAAGCUGACAAACAAAUAAUGCAAAAUAUUCCUUUUUUUUUUUUUUUUUGCACACUGCACAGGAAGGUUGUGAAUCAUCUCCUCUCAGACUAAACCAGCACUAUGUGAAUUUAGAUUUCCAUGGUCUAUGGUCCUUACAUGACUCAAUAAUGAAUAUCAUAAUGAGUCCUAUUUGAGUUUGAAUUUAAUUUUCUCUGUAUUAAAAUCACUUUCUCUGUUGCUUCACAGAAAACCCCUGUAAUUGUCAAGGGAAUUACCAAGGACAAGUACACACUGUUAAAGACAGUUGUAUUCCUGAUCCAUUUCACUUCUCUAAGUAUCAUUUUAGUGAGAUAGAUCAGAAUAAUAACGAUGUGAAAAAAACUGAAGACAUAUGCAUCACCUACACCCCUAAGAAGGAAGCUCCAAGUUGGCUAAGGUAUGUCAUGGUUUUCAAAAAGCUUCGAGGACUGAGUCAAAAGUUGUCUGAAAGUCCAACCUGAUAUGAGCCUGUAUUAACAUUUUGAUGCCUUUGGCUAAGAAAAUCAAAAACUGUUGGACAAACUGUUUUUUUCCACUGCCAUGUUGACAGUUACAUAAAUCACAUAAAUAUCGAAUUUCCCCUCGGGGAUAAAUAAAGUUCUUAUCUGAAAUGCUCAAAUCAGUGCAGGGCGAGACUGUUUCAAUUGACAUUUCUAUGUGGUGAAGCUUUUUAAUAUGUGCACACUGCUGUAACAUGUCAGAGAACAUGAUCUUCCUCAUUUGCUGCUGCCUAGUCUGUCAUGCACCGGAGGCUGUAACCCUGUAGUGAAGGACCGGAGUGCUAAAAUUGAAAUGGUUUGUGAAGGGAAAUCACAGUGUCCUCAAGUUGUGUGGUACAUUGAGGACCCCGCUGAUGCAAAGCACUGGGAGGUAAGUAUCAAUACUGUGAGGCAAUUGAGAGACAGUUAGCUGUUAACUUUAAUAUUUUGCUCGCAAAUUAAUUUGCAGAAGGAGACAAAGAGCUGUUACGAAGAUGCAAGACAGCGGCCACUUACAGCGAAGGCUCAUGGUGGAACUCAAUUCACGAUAAAUUAUUCCUAUCUUAAAGAGGCAAAGGAGACAGUCACUGUGGUGUUAACCUACAGUACGUAUGCAUAAAAAUGGAUUAAGAAAAGUAAAAAUGGAUCUUAUAGUUAUUGAGUUUUUCUUUCUGUUUUGCAAAAUAAAACAUUUUGUUAUAGAAUUUUUUUUUAUACCUUUGUUUUCUUUUCAUCUAGAAGAGGAUAAGGAUUGCUAUUUCAAAAAAAUUCAAAUAGACACAUCAACAAGUGGUAGUUCAUCUUCAUCCUCCUCAUCCUCCUCCUCUGGUUCAAAUGAUGAAGAUGAGAGUGAAGACACUGAAGAACAAACAGCAGAAGAAUCUGAUCGUACCACCGCACCCCCUCAAACUGCUGAUGCCUCCACAACAUCUGCUAACCCUGCUGCUACAACAAAUAGAGCCACCGCUACACCUACAUCUUCAUCAUCCUCUAACCCUGCUGCUACAACAAACAAAGCUACUACUGCAUCUUCUUCAUCCUCUGACCCUGCUACUACAACAAAGAAAGCAACCACUACUAGUGGUUCUUCAGCAUCCCCUGACCCUGCUGCUACAACAAAGAGAGCCACCGCUACACCUGCAUCUUCAUCAUCCUCUGACCCUGCUACUACAACAAACAAAGCUACUACUGCACCUUCUUCAUCCUCUGACCCUGCUACUACAACAAACAAAGCUACUACUGCACCUUCUUCAUCCUCUGACCCUGCUACUACAACAAACAAAGCAACCACUACUAGUGGUUCUUCAGCAUCCCCUGACCCUGCUGUUACAACAAAGAGAGCCACCAUUACUACUCCAUCUUCUGCAUCCUUUAACCCUGCUGCUACAACAAACAAAGCUACCACUGCCUCCUCAGCAUCCCCUGACCCUGCUGUUACAACAGACGAAGCUACGACUGCGUCUUCUGCAUCCUCUAACUCUGCCAUCACAACAAAGAGAGCCGCCGCUACCUCCUCAGCAUCCCCUGACCCUGCUGUUACAACAAAGAGAGCCACCACUACAGCCGCGUCUUCAUCAUCCUCUAACUCUGACCCUCUAACCCCUACGACUGGUUCUCCAGCAUCCCCCAACACUGCAACUUCUCCUGAUAAACAGAUGAGCAGUAAUACGGCUUCCACUACCACUGCUUUUAACCCUGCUGAUACAACAAAUGUUUUAACCCCCACCACUGUUCCCCCAGUACCCUCUGACGCUCCUCCUACAGCUAUAACAACUAAUACUGCUUCUACAGAUGGUGCAACCUCACCAGUGAGCAACAGUUUGGAUAAAAUGAAGUGUGGCAUAUCACCACGUGGCGGAACAAUCCUUGAUCCAUUCACAAUAACGUGCAACGCAGAAACACCUUGUUUAAAUUGUCAGUAUUGUUUUAAGACUUCAAAGGGUGAGUUAUCCAGUUUAGCAAACACAGCAACUCCAAGAGUGAUAUCCCGUAUAGUUUUCAGUUUCAAUUGUUUUCUGAAUUUCGAGUUUUUUUCAGGUCAGCAUCUUCGUUGCAGCGAAAACAACAAGGUGAAGUCUGUCUUUCUUCCCCUUGGAGACGAAAAAUCCAACUACAAGCUUAUUAUUGAGGCAACAGCUAAAAGUAGCAGCUUUGUAGCUAGCACCACCUUGACUACAUGGGUAUGUGAAGAAUUCAACAUCAUCUGAAUGACCUAAGUUCACAUAGUGAUGUAUUAUCGAAAAGAAAAAUAAACCCUUGGGCUGUAAAUCACCAUGUCUAUUAGUUUUCUUUCCUGACUAAAAAUAUUCUAGAUUAGCUUCUGGCUGUGAAGUUUGCUGUGCUAUUGUGACCGCAGGGUCAGAGGAUGCUCAUCAGUAUCUAACUAGUGGGCUAAGAUGGAAACUUGUGGUGUUUUGUUCUUCUUUAAAGAGGUCUGGGUGUUAUUGAGGUGCUUGACAGGUUUCCCCCUUGCAUGACACUGUUUCGUAGAAUCUUAUAUAUGCAGGCUUUAAUAAGUCAGUGGGUUCAAGAGUCUCUAACAGCCAGUUCCUUUGAUCAGCACAGGAUGCAAAAGUAUUAUGUAGGAUGAUGACUCACUCUGGAAACCAAAAGAUAUCUCUUUGUCCUCAGGUACUGAAUUACAACCCCCCCUCAGGCUCUUCGGGGAGUGGUCUUUCAUCUUCGCUGGAAAAUGUCAUAAAUCAGCUUGAGAAGCAAGGUCAACUGACGGGAGAGACUGUUGGACAGAUCUGUGAAUCUGUUUCCAACCAACUGAACAGUGAAUCAGACAUAUCAAACAAAGCUGAAAGGCAAAAGGUAAAUACACUCUCAGGCUGUGAAUAUAAAUUAGGUGGGUCAGUAUAAACCUGUAAAAUGUGUCUGAUCAUCCUAAAGAGAUCGAGGACGCCUUGGUUCAGUGGUACCGUCUGAUUAGAGAAACUCAAAACUGGAGGGAACUAAUUUCUCCAGGAUUACACCAAAACAUGUUUGUGUGUAAUGCACCCAACAAUUAACCUGAACUCCGUCACAGUUGAGAGUCUUAAUACUCAUAUAUUCAUGAAGGUCAGAGCGAAAUCACCUCAUGUUUUAACAGGAUGAAGUACAAUUUCUCUUAAGCAGCUGACACACCAUAAACCUUUAUCAGGGAAGAGUGGUGGUGGUUUAUUUUUAAAUAAGCUUUAUUGCAGGAGCUGUAGGUGUGAGAGCAACACUUGAAUGAACAUGUGUGCAUGAUUUUUUCUUUUACAGCUUCGAGAGGAGAUGCUGUCCAUAAUGACGAACACAAUCAAAGAAGCUCCAUCUGGUACUCCAAAGGAAGUUCAGGUGAUGGCGAGAGGACUCUCUGCUGUCAGCCAGAGCGGCUCAGAACUCAGCCCUUCAGCUCAGGUACUACACAGUACAUCUCACAUACAUGUUAGAUAGAUGGUAUAAAUCAAUACUUUUUAUUAAUUCCUGAUAUGAUAGACAAGAGUGCCUUUGCAGUUUGAGGCGGAAUCCACAAGGGGAAAUAACAGGACAGGGAGGGUGUCAGACGUCUUUGAUAACUGGUAUAGCACCUCCAGAAAGUAUGAGAAAGUGAUUAUAAGACUUGAUUUCCUACACCCAGGAAGAGGCUUCAUCAUUGUUUGCUGUGCUCAGCGCAUCUCUCCUCCACAUGGGUUUAGACAAAACUGAAGAAAACAAAAAGGAAGUACGCAAUGCAGCCAGCAGCAUCGUGGAGGGUGCAGGAAAUAUCCUGCAGUUUUCGUCCACUGUGAGUAUUUCACCUGAAGAUAAAUGCUCACACUUACUCCUUACCAGAAACUUGAUUCAUUAAAGAUAACAUUCUGAAGAUUUCUGUAACUUUUUUCAUGAAUUUAAAACAUUUCUGCAGUUUUUGCUCAUUCCAACAUUAUUUAGGGUCCUCACUGUUUCUCAGAAUGCUCAUUGAGCCCCUAAUUUGUUCCAAUCAGGACAGACACUUGAGUGGGGAAUUUUGUGUGGAGUGUGAAAAAUGAUGUUCCUUAUCUUGAUUCCAAACAGCUGAUUCAGGUUCAUUUUAGUUUAGGUAAAGCUUACAUAAAAAUUAGGGUUCUUUGACCUUGUAAAAUGGCAAGCAGACAGUUUGCUGAAAACAUUUGUCUCUUACUAACCUGGUGUUGCCAGACCCAUUUACCCUGGAAUCGAUUGAAGACCUACAAUUGAUGAAAUUAACUAGUAAAUGUAGAAGCAUGACAUAGGCCAGAACAGAAAAAUAAACAGUAAGUGACAUGCAGAGGGAAGAAACAUGCCUUAUCAUGUGUGUACAGUUUUCAGUCCUGUUUUAGUGAUUUAAUAAACCCUCCAGCAGCAAAAGCUGGAAACAGUUGUUCCAGACUGACCUGCCAGCAAAAAUGAAUUUGAGUUGGCUGAUGGGCCUGGAAACACCGAGACAGUUUUGAACUGUUAUCUUGAGCUAAAAUGUUGUCAGGAACAAAAAGCACAGUGCCCACAAGCAUAGUCAGUGAUACAUGGUCAGUCUUCCCUGAAAUAUCCUUCUUGUCUGAUCGCUGUGUUUAGCAUAAAAAAAGGAAAAUUAGGAAGUUCUAUUUCGCCUCCGACUAAACGCUUCUUGUCAUCUUCUGCAGAAAAACACAUCUGAUGCCCUUCUCAACACUUUGGACAAUAUACUGAGUGCACUGUUGGCAUUUAAAGAAGCCGAUGAGGGGCCAACUUUCAUCCAAGAACCUCAUAUUAGUAUGUCAGUUAACAGGUAAGCUACUCCUCACAUAGGGUAACAUUUUAACCUUUGGGCAGAUUUUUGAAUGUCAAAUUUGUAGCAGACCACGGGACAGUUUUCACUCAGUCCAUCGUAAGUGGGCAUUUCUGGAUCAUGUUUAUUCAUGUUGCUGAAGGAGGCUGUGCAGAGAUCACUUUUCCAUAAAAAACCUCUCAAACCCUAACAAAACUGACUUCCUCAUUGUGAACUCUCUUCAUUUUUUCCCAGAGUGACACCUGGCUGUUUGCACAAAAAGGUAGUGAAUAUUCCUGACUGUCUCUGCAGCUCAUUUUCUCUCCCAGUUCUACCCCCCAGUAUGUUACCCUCAGAUGAACCGGUGGACAUACGAGUAAGUCAAGAAAGCGUUAAUUUCUGAGAAUCAGUGUUACCACAAUAAAUUAAGGUUCAUAGAUUCAUAUGUUGUAACUUUUUUGUGUGUUUUCAUUAGCACUAAAUCUAACAGAUGGCUUUCUUUAAUACUUCCCCUCUAACAUAAGGAACAAGGUCUGUGCAGGAUGGUUAAUCAGUUACAUCAGUGUAUUUUUCAUUAUUUUUUUCCCCAUGUAAAACCCAUAUGAUAUGCUUCUUUUUGUCAUCUGUAGUAAGAAAAAAACAAAUUUCUGCACCGUCAGGAAAAUAGUGUGCAUUGUAAAGGUAAAGGUGCGUUGAGUGGCUCUCCAAAAACAUAAACAUUUACCUCCACUUCCAGAUGAUGAGCUUGGACAAAAACCCCUUUUCCUGGCACGAAAGAGGGAACAUCAGCGGCUUCAUAGGUUCUUUAAGUCUUACAAAAACAGAUGGCUCCCUAAUCUCUGUGGAGAAUCUGAGUGAUGAUGUAGAGGUCAGUGCGUCCUAUGAUCGAUUUCUUUGCUGCACUAUGCUGUAGAGAACAUGAGCUGGGGGACAAAUCAUUGUUUUCAGGCUGCAUUUAUGUUCACUCACAUAAAUGUAACAUGUAUUGAGUGUGGUACAUUAGCACAACCCUCGAGUCAUGUCAAGUGUGACUGAACACGAGCGUUUUACCUGAAGAACUCCUCUAAUACAUGUCAAGGAGGGAAUAAAUUAUAGGUCCCUACGCACAGCCCCAUGAAUAAUCUAGAUCUUUGAUCAUGGAAUUUAAUGUGUAAGUGGUUACAUGGCACAGCUCUGCACACUGUGCUUUUACACAGUUAAGUGAAAAAAAGGUUUUAAUUCAAAGGAAACUCAAGGUAGAGGCUUGUGCACUGACGGUAAGAGAUUCUGAGGUAUAUGAUUAUUCACAUUAUUCAUAGAAUAUCUUGACGGGAAAUCUUUAGCUUGUUCAUGGCGACAGUGAAAACAUAUUAAUACACCCAACCCAUAACACUGUAGCUCAUGGUCAAAAUGAAGUCAAAGUUUUUUUUUUUCCUUUUAACCAUCAAACUUUAAUUAUGAGGUUUGGACACAGAGGUAGGAGAAACAGAUUAAAACAGUUUUCAAAUGAAUUAAAAUCUUUAUUAAGGUGUAAAAGAAUGAAAGUGGAAAAACUAUAUGAAAUGUUAAAAAUUCAAAUUAAAUUUACCAUGAAAAGUCUGAUGCCCAUGAUCCCGUACAGCUGACACUUGUGGCCACAUCUCUGUCUUGUCCUACUCUAUCUGCUGUCCUCUCCUACAAUUAAAAGCAUAAAAAAGCCCCAAAUGUUUUCAAAAAGGGACUUUAAUUCAUCUCCUCUCUUUUUAUGUUUACAGAUUUUUUUGCCAAGGCCUGUCGGAGAACAGCUGAACACAUCCGUUUUGGACCUCGGGAACUACAGCACAACUGUCAUUGACAUUCCUUCAGCCAAUGAUACGCUAGUUUUAAAGGUUCACUAUGAUGUUCUAAUCUGUGUUUCAGAGCAGGUCAUAACUAUUCACAUCAUAUUUAAGUUAAUAUGCAUUUUUAAAACUCCUUCAUAGUUCUUUAACUUUGCUUUGUUUUUUUACAUGAUUUAUCGAUGUCUUGAGUAUUUCCCUGCUGUGUGUUAUUAUUCCUUUUAAAGAUGACGCCAUCAUCAGAUCCACUACCCUUUAAAGUGCUCCUUGGUUACAAUGACUACCCCACUGAAACCAACCACGUAGCAAUGACAGAGAUGCCUCACCAGGGGGAAACACUGGGUGAUGAAACUUUUUGUGGUUUCUUUGAUAUGUUUUUAACAGUAACAUGCUGUCGUUUGGAUUUUUCAUGCAUUAAUGAUUGUUCCUGUCUGUGUCUUUUGCAGAAGAGAGAUACACUUGGCUUCUUGACCCUGAAACUCUAAAAGGAAACACUGGAUUGCAUUAUCUUGUUGUGAGGCCCAUAGUGGGUCCAGGUAUAAAAUCCAUCAAUGCCAGUUUAUGGAUAACACCUAUUACAAGCUCAUGUAAAUUUUGGGAUGAAUCAGCUUCUGAUUGGAGCAAUUAUGGAUGCAGGGUAGGUACAGGAAACCGACUGACAUGUCAACUGCUGCUUAAACUUUAUCAAACAGAUUUUAUUUUUGUCUUAAAAAGGUCGGUAAACAGACCACAGGAAAAGUCACCCACUGCCUCUGCAACCACCUCACCUUUUUUGGGGGCUCUUUCUUUGUCACCCCCAACCUUGUGGACCCAUCACGCACUGCUGAGCUGUUUGCCACAUUUGCAGAGAAUCCUGUGGUCGUCUGUUUUGUGGGGGCACUUUUUGUGGUGUAUUUAUUGGCUGUUAUAUGGGCACGACGAAAAGACAUUAAAGACACUGUGAAGGUACUGACUACCUCCUGAACUCUUUAUAAUCGUACCUAUGCCGUAACCUUUAUUUUGCGGUCUGGUUGGCAGGUGAAGGUGACUGUGCUGGAGGACAAUGACCCAAUGGAUGAGUAUCGAUACCUGCUGAGUGUGAAUACAGGGCAUCGCAGAGGGGCAUCCACCUCCUCCCAGGUAAAUAAAUGAACAUAAACAUAGAUCUCCAGGUCCUUGUAGUUCAAGAUCAGAGUGGUGCAGGGAUUCGCAACGGAAAACCAGGUGAAAUGAGCACACCAGAAGUCAGACAAUCAGUGCCAGUGCAACAUCAGUUGUCUUACUUUGGUUCUGUCUUAAAUUUCUGAAUGCUGAAUGCAAAAUAUGUCAGUUGGGAUGUUGUUUAAAUCAUGAUCCUUUUCAAACAAUAUUCAGUUGAAUACACUAAAGAACAAAAUAUUUAAUGUUCAAACUGAUGAUCUUGAUUUUAAAAACCUGAUCUCCUCUUUCUUUUACAUACUGCAUGAUAGUAAAGGACUCUCCAGCUUUCACAGACUGAGGUGUGAACUUUUUCAGGUGGCGAUAACUCUUGUGGGCACAGAGGGAAACAGUGACCCGCAUCACCUGUCAGACACAAAGAAAUGUGUGUUUGAGAGGGGUGCUGUCGAUGUGUUUCUGCUAAAUACACCUUUCUCACUGGGAGACCUGCAGGAGAUCAGACUGUGGCACAACAACUCAGGCAGCCGUCCUGCUUGGUAGGUUAUUACAGAAAUGCCACGCUUUCCCGAGCUGGUAGAACAUGACCCCUAUGACUCUGUGAACAUCUUAUAUAAUAGGAGCACAGUCUGAUUUGAUUUGCAAUGACCUUCACGCUGCAAAUGAUCGCUCCGAAAGAACCAACCAUGGAACAUAAUGCAAUUUUCAUUGUGGAGCCUUGAAGACUACCAGCAUAUUUUGGUUAAUUUUGUAAAAAAUAAAGGUAUUUGUGAUAUAAUUCAUUUUUAAAGUCUUGUUUCAUUGAUAUUUCUCUCAUUUCUGUUAGGUUCGUAGGUAAUGUCAUGGUGCAGGAUUUACAAACAGAGCAGAAAUGGCAUUUUCUCUGCAAUUCCUGGCUGGCUAUAGACAUGGGUGAUUGUUCCCUGGAUCAAGUUUUCUCUGUUUCAUCGGAGGAAGAAUUGAAAAAGUUCAGGUAAGUGAGCAGUCCCGAGGAAAAUGAGCAGCAAAAUUAUAGACACACUGUUGGAAUCAAAAGGCUGAGGAGGAAACCCAACCUGUAAUUUGAUUUGAAUUGGAAUGACUGGAGCGCAGAUUAAAUGCAAAUGAAAUGCAAAAGACGGUUUUGAGUUUACAUGUUUACUCCAAGCUCAGUUUUUGAGCGACGUCUGGAAACCAGCUGAAAGGAUGUGGUUUUCAAUUAUGGUGUGAUGAAAGAAUAAAAGUGCACGGCCAUGAAAAUCGAAUUAAGGAGAAGAUUUUAUAAUGUCAUAUUUGGAACAACUUUCCUGAGGAUACUUUCCAAUGUUUUUGUGUUGUUCAUGGCAUUUUAGACUCAUACCUGAUAGAAAAACUGAAUAAUAAAAUUAAAGGAUAUUAACGGUCGCAAUGUCAAAGUGGCGAUUUUCUAAACAGUUUUGCUCUCAGCUCGAAUAAAGUAACCUAACAGAGUUACAACAGGGAGGACUUAACAGUCUUUAUAAGUGAUCAUAAGAAUUCACAGCAACUUAUAGUUCUGCCUAUUUAGUGUUUUAAGUAGUGAAUACGAUACCUCAUGUAAGUCUGAAUUUUAAUGUAUUCUACUUUCAUGCAAAACUAACAACAGUGUCUUUUAAACAGUGUCUGGUGUUUUUCCUGCUUGAAAAGUUCAUGGAGAAUUCAUUCAGGGUACAAACAAAACAAAUCCUUAGUUGCAUGUUGACACCUUUCAACAGCUGUUUAAAACCUCAAACCUUUAUGCGCAUUGAUAAAAUCUUUAUUCACUUUUAUAAAGUGUAUUUGAUAAGAAAGGCCUUUGGAAGCUUAUUUCUGCUUUAUUAUAGUCUUCUUUAUUUCAAUCCUUUUGUGAGCUUAACUUCUACUUUUUUCAGUAAAGCACUUUGAUAGGUCAUCACCUGUUUGAAAUCUUUUAUAUAACUAAAGCUGAUAUUGAUCAUGAUAUUCUUUAUUCUCUUCUUAAAGCCUGUUUUUCUGUAGGAUCCCAUUUUUUAAUGUUGUAUCUCUUUUAAUUGCGUACAUCAUUUUAUGUCUUGGCCUUGAUUAUUGUUGCUGCGUUCUUGCUGACGUGUUCUCAUACUUCUAAGGGUUUCUAAAUAACUUUUGGUGUACGAAGAGGUGGGUGAAGUAUUUCAGAUGUUCAUCUUCACAAUGUUUUUGUCCUACAGUAAUCUGUUCUUCACCAAGACAACGAGAGACUUCAGUGACGGUCACCUCUGGUUCUCUGUGAUCAAUCGGCCUCCAGGCAGCAACUUCACUUGUGUUCAGAGAGUUUCCUGCUGUUUCUCCCUGCUGCUCUGCACCAUGCUGACCAGCAUCAUGUUUUACGGCAUCCCAACAGAUCCGUCUGAGCAGACGCUGGACCUGGGUAAGAAACACAGCUCCAUUUCAGUUUAAUCGAAUAGAGAAAGUGAUAUUGAUCUUGGUACAACUUUUGUCUGUAGUUGAAGUUGUUUGGCUUCAUGUGAUUUAUCAUAACAGUAAACAGUAAAGUUUCACUGAGGAAAAGGCUUUUAUAGGAAACGAAUGACUUUGACCGUUUCUGUGGAUUGUGUGAUCUGGUUGUCCCUGACAUUGCUGUGACUAUUUAGAAAUAAUACUAACUGGCUUUGACCAAUCAGAAUCAAGUCAGAAGAUGUUCAAACUGCAGACACACUCAUUUCCAAUGCAGCAAAUCUGUUUGAGAUCUCAACAUAAUCAGUAAGAAGAUUCAGAUCAUGAUAGAUAAAACUGAAAUAGAAAGAGUAUAUGAUGAUACAUUUCCUCGUAUUGAUUAUAUUAGAAAGAAAAUAUCUAAGUCCAUUGCUAUUCUGUAUAAAUCAAGAGAUACUCUAAAUUCAAAUUCUUUACUGAGAUUGUAUAAUCCCUUAUCCUUCCAUACACUGUUUACUGUGUGGAGGCCUGGGGAAAAGCAUACAGAACAAUCACUAAUCCCAUUCUUUUAUUACAGAAAAGAGCAGUCAGAGUUAUCAAUAGAGCCGACCAUCGAGAACCAACAAACACAUUUUUUAUACCUGCUUAGAUUUUAAAAUAUCACUGUUGAUGUUCAAGGCACGUAAUAAUCUGUUGCCACACUGUAUCCAGAGGUCGUUCCUGGAUAGGCGAAGUGAUAAUGCACUGAGAGGGAGCUGUAUGUUCACAGAACCAAAGAGUAGAACAACAAAGACGUGUUUCAGUCUAUGGGGUCAAUCUGUGGAACGCUUUGGAAACGGAAAUGAAGGAGUGCAGUACAUAUAAAUUAUUAAGAAAAAUAUUGAAGAAAAGGUUGCUAAUGAAGUAUAACUGUAAUGGUUAAGUAUCUGUGUUUGUGUAAAUUGUCUUUUGGAAAUUUAAUAGUCAUCAUAGGUCCAUGUAAAGGUAUAUUCAUGUUUUUCUUUUACGGCUUAUCUGUUUACUUUUUUGUUUUGUUUGGCUUGUUUGUUUUUUGUGUGUUUUUCUUUUUUUCUCUUUUGUCUUAAUGUUUGGAGCUCAGUAAGGAGCUGACUGUAGCGAGUUGAAAAGGGUAGGCAUAAUAAGCUACAGCCUGUACCUUUUCGGUCUGGUUUCAUUUAGUGUUUUUGACUGUAUUCAUAUUUUGAAAUAAGUGACCGAAAUAAAUAAAUAAACAAACAAGUCACCAGAUCGAGAUGGAAUCAAUACUUUCGCCCUCUGAUUUUGCAAAAUCAAAAUUUCUCAGAAAACGCAUCGUGUAAACUGUUUUCCAUUAAGCCUUCACUUUGAUAACUGCGGCACUCUCUUUCGACCUUGUACUUUUUGUUUGCUCGCUCGACUGUCAUCAGUGUAUCCUAGAAAAGUUUGACACUGGCUGAAUCUGCUUUUGUGCUGGUUCACUGCUCCUGUGUGCAUACUUGUGUAAAAAAAAAUAAAAAAAUCUGUGCAGUGUUUUCUCUAGCCAGAGUCGAGGGGAAGCAAAAUGAAAAAGGCUUUUUAUCACACCAGCUCUUCUUAAUGAAAAAAUGCUCAGAAGGGUCUGAGAGCGUCAGAGCUUCUUUCACAACGAAGUUGUGAAAGAACAUCUCUGAGUACAUCUUACACAAUCUGCUUUUUCCUUUCUUCACCUCUUUUUUUCUAGGUCACUUUGAGUUUACCUGGACGCAGUUCAUGAUAGGUGUUCAGAGUUCCCUCAUCAUGUUUCCAGUGAACAUCCUGAUUGUUAGUAUUUUUAGAAGCACUCGUCCUCGGGAAACAUCCUGUUGCAAGCGCAAAAGAGCAAAACCAGAUGCUCUCGACAAGCUUUCUGUCUCACAGACUGUUCCCACCGACACAAAUGUCACUUUAGACACCAUCAUCAAGGUGAGCACUUCAUGUCUUAUGUGUCAUGUUGCUAUUAAAAGCCUCUGUUAGGAACUCUUGGUUUGUGUUUUAUCACUUUAUUUGUACAAAGCUGCACAGUUUAUUUCUUUGUUGAUCUUGUCCGGUACUCGUUCAUCCAGCAGGAAUAUGUCUUGUUAUUUACAUUGCAUAAAACAUUUCCAUUGACAGUUAUGUUAAAGACGGUGACUUGGUCUCCUCCUUUAGGAAUAUAAACACUGGCUUUUUUCCUCUUCAUCAUUAGUAUCGGCAUCGCCCAUUAAAACCUGCUAUUGGUCGAACCUUAGCUCUUACUGUGCAGAGUUACUAGCUGUUAUCAGUGGGUUUUGAUCCCUCGGAAUGAAGUAUUAGACACAGCUGGGGGAUUAGUAAGAAAGCCAGGGAAUAAAAACAAGUUAAAAACUCUUCACAGGAGCUUUAAAGUAAAUCUGGGAUUGACAGCGGCCCUCUUUGCAAAUAUUGAGCUCAUGAGGAUUAUACUUGAAAGUCUGUGCGCUGUGUUGAAUUCUGAAAAUAGAUGAAGUAUUGGCACACCAAUUUCAGGUCUUAAAAGCCCACUGACUGAGAUAAAUACAAAAUAAUGUCUGUAAUUCAACACUGUUGAUAGUGAAGGACUCAAAUAUCCGCUUUUUCUGUUCACCUAUUUUCUCUAUGACACCCACUGUUUGGAUCAAUCAUCCCUUAAUUAAAAAAAGUAGUUUGCUUUUAUCACAGCCCUUGGACUUCUGUGGCUGUCAAUCCCUGUCAAAUUGGCAUUUCCUCUGCUGUUUGUUAAAAUUUCCUCCAGCGCUUGCACAACAAAGACUCACUUUUCUCAUGUCUCAAAUAGACAGAGUUUCAAGCACUUUAACGCGUGUGUUUUGCAUCGUACGGUCAUGCAGAUAAAACAUAUGUUUGUGCUUUUUCUUUCAGGAUAUCACAAGAAUCGCCCUUUCACUCUCAAAGACGGUGAAAAGCAACAUACCGAGCAAAGAGCCGGAGUUUGGACCCGGGCAACAAGUUGAUAUAAAUGCUGUUCUUUCCGUGGUGGAGGAUUUCAUCCAACAGAGCAACAAAACCAGUGAUGCCAGCCUCUCCAAAACUCAGAGCCCCCACAAUCCUCAGUCAACAGGUGUGUACAUUCAGUGAUAUUUUAUAGAAUUGUGCCUUUUAUAAUGUUAACUGCUUCUACAAUUUGGUCUUAGGUGGGUGUAACAAAGAGGUGAGGCCCUGUAACUUUCACAGCAAAUCACCUACUUGAUAUGCCUCUGACAGAUUUCAUUCAGCAGUAAAGUGUGAGCUUUUCAUUUUUAUGCAUAGGUUGUGCAGCAAAUUCACCUAGUGGUUAUCCCAGUUCCCCUAUGCCUCUUUCACAUACACACAAAGCUCCUAAAAAUCUCUCAGAAUUACCCAGGUCAGCUUUAUGCAUCAACAGAAAGAGCUGAGUUUUUCACCCCCGACUUCACCUGCAGUGUUUCCUGCUAGCCCCCCUGGUAUCAUUCCGAGUUGAGGUCAGGUGAGAACGCAGCAGCAAAUCGUCUGGUUAAUUCGCUGCGAUUUUAGGGGGUCAAUAAAAGAAAUGAUCAAAGGCUUUAAGUAAAACAUCCUCUGAUUAAAAUUUUGCACACUUGUACUUAAAGUAUAAAUUUCUAGAAAAUCAAAGUCAUGUGUCAUUAUUCUUUUUCUCAUUUAACAUAGACAUCUAGACAUAGAUAGGAACAUAGACUGUAGUCCUUGAAGAGGGCAGACCGGUUCAAAUCUAACCCUGAGUUAUUCUCAUCUCUUUCUUUUCAGUUUUCCACUCUAUCCACUGUCCUAUAAGAGAUGAAAAACGGAGUGUAAAAUUAAUAGAUCAUUGUUCAGGUGAUAGAUCAUUGUAUUUUACUGAAACAGGACUGGAGCGAGUGUUCCCACUGAGUACAAAGCAGGUUUUUGAGACUCGUGACUGUUUGAAAGCUUCUGAAAAGAGCUGAUUAGACUCAAAUUAGCCCUGAGGCUUCACAAAUUAAUGCAAAUGCCACUCAGUUUGUCAUGGAAAUGUUCCAAAGCUAGAUUUAUGUGAAUGAACCUGAGCGAGUAUUUGUUCUGCUUUCUAUUUGAGCAUGGCGUGCCAUUGUGCAUGAAAUAUGUCCCUGUAACAAACUUAAACAAGUCACUGAAAGGACACAGUGUAACAAGGUCUUAUUGAUGUGCAUUUGCAGAUAGCAGCGGUGCUGUGCAUUCUGGGUCAACGGAUGAGGGGAUUCAGAGGAAGAGCAACAAAGCCCAGUAUCUGUACCGGCAGCUGUGUCACAUUGAGAGGGAGCUGAAUCUGCUAGGACCCUCCGGCUUUCCAAACCCACACAGCUAUAACCAGGCUGUGCAGCAGGUCCAGGGCAUGAAGGGUUCUCUCGAUCAGCAGUUCGAGUUCAGUUCUGUUGAACUUCAUGAACCUAAGAAGAAAAAGUAAGAAGGCCAAUUGGAUGAAAAGACCACAUGAAUGGAUUUGUAUAUGUUCACUUGUUAUCCUCAGACUGUGUGUUUUGUAAAGAGGGCUCUAGCGCUUUGAAACUCAUUUUAUCUCAAGUCUGAUAUUUAUGCUUUAUUCAAAGUCAGAGGAUGCUUGCUUUAUCAAAUUAUAGAGGCAGGAAGCAGGAGAAAAUGACCAGCCUGGCUGUUUCCAAAGUCCAACAACCUCCAAUCAAACCCAAUUAAACUAAAUUUCAUAUCCAAGUUCACACACAGAACCGCAAUCACUUUUCUAUCUCGUACUAAAAAAACAGAACUUUUUAGAUAUAUUUUCCAGUAAAUAUUGGAUAAACUUUGAAAUGUGGGUUUCAAAUUUUACUGCCUUUGAACAGAUUCAAGCCAGCUGUUUCUCAUUUUUCAGCCUUGAUGCAGGGUUAAAUAGCCGGGCUGCCAAUUUACGCUGAACGUGGAAUGACUGAGUGAUUGAUCACUGAAUCAUCGCUGGUAUUGGAGAGUAGUUUUUUAUCCAACUGGUACCGUGAAAACAAACUAUUCAUGACUGACAGCUUAUGCAGUGUGUUGCUUAAACUGAACCAGAGGGGACCCAAAUUAAUCAAACCCUUAUUAGGAGUAAUUUUACAGCUGAAAUUAAGCAUUAAAGAAACGGGUAUGUAAAUUAUCUCCACUGACUCGUGAUAAAAAGCCUCUGAUACGUUUCAGCUUUAAUGAACUGUGUUUCUUGUUUUCACAUCAUAUAACUUACUCAUGUUGAGAAUGUGAAUAUGUCAGACGCCAAAACAACACCAUUCAUGAUCAGUAGCAGUUUGAAAGAGGAUUAGGGCCACAAAAAAAGAGAAAAAAUAAAUUACAGGAGGGAGAUUUUUUUAAUUUCCAUUUCGAGAUUAAAGUCAGAAUUUCGACUUUAUUCAUGCUAACUUUUUAAUCUCUAAAUUUUGACUUCAAUUUCAAAAUUUUAGUUUUUUUAAUCUUGAAAUUUCAACUUUAUUGACAUAAUUUUGUUUUGUUUUUUAAUCUCUAAUUUCCACUUUAAUCUCUUUCCUCUAUUUUUUUUUUCCUCUUCAUGUGUCCCUAAUCCUCUUUCGUAGCAGUUGUAUGAAGGGAACAUUUUAGUGCUGGAUUUAUAGAUUGUACCUGUGAGUAACUCUCUUGUGUUCAUUCUGUUUGUUCACUCACAGGUCGAGCUCUGAAGACUGUCCUGAUAGCGAUGAGAAGCAGAAGAAGAAAAGUCGGUGCUGUCACGGAGGCCUGCCCUGGUGGUUUGUUUUUGUCGGUUGGCUGCUUGUGAUAUCAACCAGUGUCGUAUCAGGAUAUUUCACGAUGCUUUAUGGUUUGAAAUUCGGAAAGGAUCGCUCAGUGAGCUGGCUAGUGUCCAUGGUCAUCUCCUUUUUUCAGAGUGUCCUGGUCAUUCAGCCUCUAAAGGUGAGAAGGAGCUGAUUGUCAAAACAAUGAAUCUGUUUCAUUUGAUUGCUUGGUUUUAAGGAUUCAUGUAGUCCAACUCUUCUCAGGGAUAAUCUCUUAAAGGUUCAUGUAAGAUAUUCAUUUGUAUUUAAUUUGAAUCAAUUUUUUAUCCAAGGUUGUAUGUCUGGCAAUCUUCUUUGCACUUGUGAUCAAGAGAGUGGAUGACGAAGAUUUUCAAAACCUGGCAGUUGAAGGAAAUGACAAAAAUCAAGGUAGAAAUUGAUACUUUUAAUUUUAUUCAACACAGAUUUUAAUGUUAAAAUAAUCAAUCCAAUCACCGUUUUUGCUUCAGGUGAUUCUCAGGGCCAACAAACCGUCAGACGGGAUGGUAGUCUGUAUGCACCUCCUCCUCCUGCAGACAUCGAGAAGAUGAAAAGAAACAAGAUUUUAGAACAAAAAGCCUUUGCCCUCAUCAGGGAGAUUUUGAGUAAGCUUUAAUGCAGAUUUCGAAUUUUUUUAACUGAGGUUCUUUCAGGUAAAAGAUUGACAUGCCCAUCAGAUCAACCAAAACAGAGAAAGAUUUGAUCCCAGAGUCGUGGUUAUUGGAAAGUUUCUGCUCCAAAUACCCCAAACCCAUGUUACAUUUAUAUUUCACAUUCAGCAGAUUUAGAAGAUUCUGGUCUGAUCACUGAGAACUAAAAUGUGCCCAUCUGUUUCAGUCUAUAUGGGGUACAUGUGGAUGCUGCUGCUGGUGGCAUAUGGACAGAAGGAUCCCAAUACUUUCUUCCUGAACCGGCACAUCAGACACAGCUUCAGUAAAGGAAUCACAAACAGUAUGAGCCAUGGGGAAGUCUUUGCCUGGGCCAACACAUCUCUACUGAAAAACCUCUUUGGAGUUUAUCCUGGUAAAAACAUUUCCCCACAUGUGGUUAGAACCAUUGUGAAGAAAUUCUGUUGUUUACCCGUGUUUGAAUAUAUAUCACACCAGGAUGUUUAUUCACUAAAGCGAGAAAGUCAGACCAGCUUAUAAUCUUAUCUGCUGUGGGUGUCUUUCAGAGGGAAAAGGUUUAAACUGCUCCACAGUUGCGCCCUGCGAAGUCAACAACGUGCAGUUUCUGUGCAGCUAUGGAUCUGUUUGUAAAACCACCUAUUUUUGCCGUGUGGAGUUUGCAAUCCUGCGAGCUCAUUUAGCUGUAGCUUUGAUGUUUGCAAGGCUUUGACCCCAACCAAUUUACCAAGAGUUGUGGCUCUGAUCUCUGCUGGUGACUUGUUUCUUAAUUGACAGGACAUUUUAAUUACAACCUGGACACCGUGUUCAUGUUUCACACUGUCUUGGGUCAGGUGCUGUGCAGUCAAGACAGAGAAUAUUCAUGAUGUAGCUUCAUUAUACAGAAACUUAACUUUUACCUAAUUAAAUACCAGUUUGCAUUUCAUUUGGUGUAUCAGUCGAAUCAGUAUUUAUAUUCAAGGUAAAGAAAAGGUUUUAAAAGUUAAGUGGUGGGCACCAAAUUCUACCUAUCAUUAAUGCAGACAGGGUCAAAUUUUAUUUAAGCUUGUUAAAAUCUGAGGAUACUACAGUUUGGCUUAAUACCCUCAAAGCAGCAUGUAUUAUAAAACCAACCCGUUGGAUCCACACAUGGUCCAAAAUAUCCAAUUAUCGAAUAUAAUGAGAAAGACCUCGUUCAGAAGAUACCACCCUUGAGAAAUUUUUGGUUUGAAUUUGAACCACAAGCCUUGAAACGCUGACAUUAAAAUACUUUCUUCCAGGAUUUAUCACCGAUGGAAACUCUAAACUCAUGGGUAACGCCCGUCUUCGUCAAUUAAGAAUCCAGAGGAACUCCUGUCAGACCGCUGACUCCAUGCUCGGGUUUGCACCAGAAUGUAAUGCACCGUAUUCAUGGGAGGCAGAGGACACAGGCUCCUAUGACCCUGGCUGGAACAGCUCGGCAGGGGAUAAUAUCUCCUACAGCAUGUCCACUUCAUGGAAAUACCAGACACAGGCUCAGCUCAGGGCUUAUCCUUUCUGGGGAAAAUUAGAGCUCUACAGGGGAGGCGGCUUUGUGGUGGAGCUUGGCCCAGAUUUACAAAAUGCUAGCAGGUACAUACUUGUGUCAUAUAAAUCCAAAACAAAGGUAAGAGAAACAUUGUUAAAACACUCUUCUGUAUUAUUCACAGUACUCUGGAGGAUCUAUUCAGGAACAAAUGGCUGGAUUUAUACACAAGAGCCAUCUUUGUGGAGUUCACCGUCUAUAAUGCUAAUGUGAAUCUCUUUUGUAUCGUAACACUCUUAUUGGAGACCGCAGGCGUAGGUAAGAGUUUUUUCUCUGUCAGCGAUACAGAUCAGAAUUUCAUUAUGAUUAGUCAUAUUGUCUUCUAUGUUGUUGUACCCCCUAAUUACCAUCAAAGCAACAGACCCUUUAAGUGAGACCAUGUUGGAUUAAACAGGCUCUUUUGGUUUUUUUUAACAUUGUGUACAGGAGCAUUUCAGUUCUACAGUGAGCUGCAGAGUGUGCGCCUUUACCAAUCGACUGGGGCUCUGUACUUCUUCGUCAUGGCUGCUGAGAUCAUAUACAUGCUUUUCAUCCUCUAUUAUAUGUGUCUUCAGGUAAUAUGGUGGGCUCAUUGGAAGUGUUACAUGAGCAUAUUUAUUACCUACUUGUUUUAGUUUCUGACCAUGAAUUUAAACUACGUGACUGAAUGAAGGCAUCCUCCUGCUCUGAGAGAAUUUUCAAUCGAGCUCCUCCUGUCAGAGGCACUCAACAAAAACAGCUCUCCUCAGAGUCACUAAUAAUCUCCCGAUGCAGGCUGACAGAAGAGAGUGUUCUGUUGUAAGUUGAUCAUAUUGUUGAGAACAGUGUGUUCGUUCAGAUGCUCACACUGUGGGUGGGUGUCUCUCUAGAGCUCCUUUUAAACUGCUUCUCUUUGUAUUUGUCUGGAAGAACACAUCGGAUUGCUGCUAACUACUUAAUAGGUUUCUUCAGUUCAAGUCCCGCCUUGUGGUGUCCCUCAAGGCUGUGUCCUGGGCCCUCUGUUGUUUGCUUUUGAAGAACAUUUACUUAAACAGCUGCAUACUGCAUAUAGUAGAUCUUUUUUUUCAAAGACCCACUCUGAUGAAAAUCAUGUUUUUCUUGUUGUCUACAUGUUCAUAUGGCAUUUUUCUGAUGCUACAGGACAUAUCAUGAGAAAACAAAAUGCAAAAUUGCUUUUCUGAGUGUUUCUUCAUUCAAAUCGCUGUGAAUCUUUUGCAGACCCAAACGGCAGGUUCAGAAACAGUGAGAUUUCAAAUGUAUCCGAUCUAAGCUCCGCCCCCUUAAAGCAGGCCACACUCUGCAUAUCGAGGAGAAGUAAAGAGGACAAUCGUGGAACAAGCGUGUGUUAGCGGAUUGCAAUACUCGUAAGAAAGUUAAUUAUGAUAUUAACUUUCAUCAUGUCCCUAAAGACAUUAGUGUCCGAACAGCUCCUAUGUUACCUGCCACUUCUACUGCACUGGCUAUGUUAGGCUGCAAGUUAGCAUGUAGAUGAGUGUGCAGAGCAGUGCUGACUCCGCCCACGACUCAGAGGCAAAUUGCUAAUGAGCUACUGGAGCUCUGCAGAAGAAAAGCCCCUGAAAAUGAAACAGGUAAUGCGAUUUUUGGUAAAAACUUCAUAAUCACAGUUUAAAGACCACUGAGAACACUUUCAGUCGUAAAAAAAAAAAGACUGAGGGACUUUAAGCAGUUUCACAGUACAGAAAAAAACUCCUCUGAGAAGUUUUCCCUCCAAUUUUAGUUACUUAAAAAAAUAGAUUUCCGUCUGAUUUUCUUUGUGAUAAAUUGCACAGGACACAAAAUUACCCACUGCCUUGUUAUUCUGAGGGUAGAACAGCAUCUCUCUUUAAAAUCAUCUGUGAUCUUCCUCCAUAAAUCAGCUCUUAGUCAUACCAUAAUCACUCCUCUUUUUUUCUCUUCUACUCCGCUUAAAAACAGCUCCUUGUCUUACCUCAGUCACAUGGUUUACUUUCCUCUGGGCUUUUUUUCCCCCCUUUUGUCAGUUGGUGAUCAUCAUUUAUUUUUUUAUUUGGAGACAGUCAGGUUUCAUCAUGUGUUCUUUCUUGCAGUCCCGAAAUAGCUUGUUAUGUUACAGGGAUACACAAAUAAGCUUUUCUCAAAGUAACUAAAAUGACUUCCCUUGUCUGAAAAGUACAUUUUGUUCAAUGAUGGAGUACUGGAGGGGUAUUAUUCAACAUUAAUGCAAAGCAACUAAAAAUCCUGUAUUCAUUCAGAGAAGUUCUAAUGUAAGGUCCUCAAGAAUCAGGGAAAAAAACAUCCUUCCCUCGUUUGGCAUGGUACUAAAGAAACUAUUUACUGAAUUUACAUGAACAUGGUUUUUCUUUUCACAUAUGUAACUGCCCUUGUGAAAGGGACUUUGCAGAACUAAAAUUGUGCACGCAAACUCUCCCUCUUCUUCAAAACACGUGAAAUAAACCCUCUGUUUUUUUCCUGGAAGGGCAAAUUAAUGAAGCAGCAGAGAUGGGCCUACUUCAGGAGCAAGUGGAACCUUAUUGAGCUGACCAUCAUCCUGCUGAGCUGGAGCGCCAUGGCCGUGUUUAUAAAGAGGACUCUGCUUGGAAACCGUGAUGUGACAUAUUACCAGAACAACAAAGACCAGUGAGACCAACUCACCCUGAAGUCUCCAACACUUGAGCGUGAAUUUGUUGAUCCACUUCUUCUGCUGUUGUGUUUUUGUAGAUUUGCCAGUUUUUACGAGACAGCUGCAGCAGACUCGGCGCUCCAGUAUCUGAUCGCCUUCCUGGUCCUGCUCUCCACCAUCAAACUGUGGCACCUGCUCAGACUGAACCCAAAGAUGAACCUGAUCUGUGCUACACUGGAGAGAGCCUGGAGUGACAUUUCUGGUUUCCUUCUGAUCAUUGUGAUUAUGGUCUUGGCAUAUUCAAUUGCAGUGAGUGUCCUGCUUUUCUUUUUCACAAGCCCUUUCUUUUUUGCAAAAACCCGGGGUUGUUCCACCAAGUGAACAACUUUUAUUUUAUACAAUUAAUGAUAUAAGAUUUGAUAAUAAGGUGCUAAUUUGAGGGGAUAGUGAGGUUUCACACAUGUUAAAUCUUGGUUGGUUUUUAUGUGGCUUUCUUCUUUAAGCUGUGCAGUAGCAAAUUCACAGCGAAGUUAAAGACACUGUUUUCAAUUUUUCUAAGUGACAAAUUGGGAAAAGCAGGGAAAGAAAAUAAUUGGAUUUUUUAUACUCUCUGAGGUGGAGGCAGUUUAAUAAAACUGUAAGAAGAACAUAGUGAAACAAGGGCCACUCUGAAGGUCAACAUAAUUUAUAAUAAAUAAAAAUCUGCAUAACUUGAUAUAUGCACCAAAAUCAAAUUUACCUCAAAGUGAAGCUUUUUAUGCAAAUCAGUUGAUUCCAGUGUGUACAUCAAGCCACAUGGGUACAGAGCAUAUAAGACCCCUCCUGUGAGACUCAUAACAUGCAGAGAGAGUUGUGGUUCUAUAGGACGGCAUCUCGAAUACACUCAUGAAUUUUAAUGCCAUCAUUUGCUGUGCAUAUAGUCUAGAGAUAGAGGUGUUUCAUAUAUGAAAUGCUAAUGAGAUUCCCUAAUUUUAUUGUCUCCGAUAUGCCAUCAACUCUCUUCAGAGCAACGUAAUUUAUGGCUGGAAGCUGUCUCAUUAUCGGACCUUGGCCGAUGCUCUGCAGACCAUCAUCCGCUUGCAGAUCGGUAUCUUCAACUAUGAUGAGGUUUGUAAGAUCCCUCCACUCUCAGAGUUCCUCUUAAAUACUUAAAAAUACCACUUCCCUGAAAAAGAGGCUUCUCUUCUUCCUCUCCGAUGUGGAUUUUUGUGAGCUGUAACUGAAACAUGUGUCUGGCUGUUACAUUAUUCCAGGUGCUGAACAGCUACCCCUGGCUUGGUGGAUUACUCUUUGGCUCCUGUACUGUCCUCAUGUCGUACGUGUUGCUCAAUCUCCUGGUCUCGGUGAUUCUUGUCGCAUUCACUGAGGAGCAAAUAUAUCAUAAGGUACCUUUCUCCCCUACAAAAACAUCACAAGUAAAAGAUUGUAAUGCUGUAAAAGCUGAACUGCCAGGCUGUCAUAUUUCUACGAUUUUUUUUACGAUAUAUCACCAAGGGAUACGCCGAGAAUUUCCCUCAAAAAUUGUCGCUUUUCUGAGUGACAAAUGAAAAAAGAAACCUCAGAUGUUAUCAGAUGAAACUGAAAAUAACAUACAAACACUUCAAGCCAUAUCACAAGCAGCUCUCUCUCAAUUCAGCCCUUUCAAAAACUGAAAUUGAAUCCAAAUGCAGUGUUGGAGCUUGUGCCUCUUUAGGUGACUGCUCUAUUGAACAUAUAUACAUAGUACAAUUAUCUUGUUUACCAUGAUGGGAUUUUCUUGGGUUCUAACUGGUCGUCAGGAAGAGGAAUCGAAUGAUUUAAUUUGGGGAUCAACAACAUACGAACUGUUGCAGCUAACUGCUGUAGAUACAAAGAAUCUCACAUGACGGAUUUCAGGAUUUAUAAGCUAUCUAAAGUGUUCCCUUAUUUAUCUAACGACAGACAGCCAGAGUCGCAUCAGGAAACCUCUCCAAAUCCUGAUUGCUCCACUUAAAUUCCUUUUUUUUUCUAAUGCUAAUUGUGUCCCAACAUUAUUAAAUAUUUUGAGUACUUUUAGAGUGCUUUAGUCACAGUCCCCUUCAAUGGCUAACGCACAAUUAAAUUAUCCAUCACUAAAAACCUCUCAGUCUGGACCCUGAUUUGACAGCGUGGCCUUUUUUCUAGUGGGAAAUAUGAUAAUGACAAUGAUUGCAAAAGCCAAGUCACAGCAGCAGAGGGAACGCACACUUUCAUUAUUAUCUCAGCGGGCUGUCUUGUUACCUUGUUGCCGAGUGAGAUCUUAAUAGCACUCCUAUUUUUGAUGUCAAUGUCUUAAAAUAAAGAAACAAAUUGAGGCCAUUGUUAAAGCUCUAAAUGGGAUACAUCAGCAGCUCUUUGGAGAGUGGAAAGAAUCUUCUGUCACUUUGAAAAUCAUUGUGCUGUUUCCAUUUCUUUCUUUUUUUCAGCCAUCAGACGAAGAGGAGAUUGUGGGUGUAAUGCUGAAGAAAAUCUUCAGCCUUUUUGGGAUCAAAUACAAAAAUACUGCAGACACAGUGGAACCUGAUGGGAACGGAGACAUUGAUGUGACUCUUAAUAACAGAAAUAUCCCAAACUGA